UACAAGGCAGGCAGCUAAAGCCUGCUGCCCUUGCGUGUUGCUUUUGUCUUUAACUACACUUUUAAAGUUUUAACACUUAGCAUGUAGCGUUCCACUAUCCGCUAAAUUAUUCGACUACCUCGGCUGCGUAUUUGUAUUAAAAAUAGGCGUUUUCGUGCGGCAGAUCGAUAUCCACUGUGCAGGAUGAAGUAUCCCCCCUGGCCUAAAGGAAAGAAGCUGGUUCACCUGGAUUUAAAAGGUGCCCCUCCACGAGUUGAAUACCUGCACAGGCUGAUCGAGCUCUUCUCUCAGCUGGGUGUGGACGGCCUGCUGGUGGAGUAUGAGGAUGUGUUUCCUUAUGAGGGGGAGCUGAAGCUGCUGCAGGCGACAGCACACCCGGCUUACAGCCGAGAGGAAGUGUUGUCUAUGCAGGAGUUUGCCAGAUCUAAGGGCAUGGAGGUGAUUCCACUCGUGCAGACAUUUGGUCACAUGGAGUUUGUGCUGAAGCAUCGGCCCAUGUGGCACCUGAGAGAGGUGACGCACUGCGUGGGCACCCUGAAUCCCCACAGAGAGGAGGGGCUGAAGCUGGUGAUGGAGAUGCUGAGGCAGGUGGUGGAACUGCAUCCUGGUCUAAACACGCUGCACAUUGGAGCAGAUGAGGUGUACAUGCUCGGUGAGGGUGAGGAAUCCAAGCUUUGGCUGACUCCUCCUGGACAUACAGUGGAGCAGCUUUUCCUGAGUCAUGUGACUAAGGUGGCCAAGGCUAUCAAGGAGGCGUGGCCUCACAUGACCGUCAUAAUGUGGGAUGAUAUGAUGAGGGGCAUGAGCCAGGACACACUGAAAGCCAGUGGUCUAGUAGGACUCGUCCAGCCCAUGCUGUGGGACUACACUCCUGACCUGGAUGUGGACAAAACUGUGUCUCUGCUGGAGAAGUACUGCAGCGCCGGUAUGACGGAUGUGUGGGCAGCCAGCUCCUUUAAAGGCUCCACCAGUGUUUACACCUGUGUGACCAGCACACAGAGACACGUGGACAAUCAUUUGCAGUGGCUGAAGGUGGCUGCAUCUCUGUCUGCUGGUGUGAACUUGAAGGGGAUCGCCAUCACGGGCUGGCAGAGGUAUGACCAUCUGUCAGUGCUGUGUGAGCUGAUGCCUGUGGCUGUCCCGUCACUAGCAUCCUGUCUGCAGACUCUCCUCCACGGUCAGUUCAGUGCCCAAGCUCAGAGCAAAGUCACUGAGACGCUGGGGAUUUCUGCAGUGGAUGUGGAAGCCAUGGAGAGGACAUGUGCAGCCGACUCGUUGUUUCCAGGAAGGAGGCUGGCGGAGCUGAUCGUUGAGAUCAAUUCACUCCUCAACUCGGAGGAUAUACGAUUUUUUGAAAGCAACAUGUUUGUAAGAGGAUGGUUCAGCCCGUACCACCGACAGAGGAAGAUGGUAACUCCGCUCAUCACCAUGCAGAUUCACAGCCAAGCAGCAACGUACUUGGUGAUGUUACAACAGAAGGUGGAGGCAGUGAGGGAGGAGAUGGUGCAUCUUUUCCCAGAGUCGACGGCACAGGAGUGGAUAGAGGAACAUGUGAGCCCUGUGAUGUCUCCUCUGCAGAGGAUAACAGAUGAUAUCGGAGCCUGUGUGAAGGAGAUGGUGCCUUAGAGAGAUCUUCCACUUUGGCAUUAAACUGCUUUUUUGAUGAAUUCAGAUACUAGUCUCCUAAUUUUAGCACUAACACUAACAAGAGUUAUUUUAUAUGUGAUUCUCCACUUAUUGGUGUGCAUGUGAAGCAACGAGAGAAAGCAAUGUAGUUUCAAUACAAAAAGAGCUUUAUAUAAGAUUUGCAAAUGUACGAAAAUAAACAGGUACAAUAAAAUCAACCAUCAGUUAA